AAUUAUGUCAUGUUUUUAUUUUGCAGAGUUGAUGUAUUGGUCCUUGUCUCCUACCUGUACAAUGGCAGGGUCUUGAGGUAAACCAUGGUGUGGUUUAGGCGGCUCACACAUUUAUGUCCUUGAUGUCACUUCCUCUGAAAAUUAUGUAUUUAUACAUUUCAUCUUUGGGUAACACUGGUCUGUUUGUAGGCUGGCCUUCUGUCCCAAAUGAUUUAUCCGUGGAAAAAAGAUGACAAGAUUGUUACCCGAAUAGGCAUGUAGGCCUAUAGGUCCAAACUCGGUGUGCCAGAGUUAAUAAUUCACAAAUGUGCAGCACUAUUUAAAUUCGGGGCAAAACCAAUUGCCAAACACCUAAAUUGAGGGAAAACUCACUCUUUGCCAAAGCCACCAUCGAAUUAUCCGUGUCGAUUGUAUACAAAAUACCCUCAUAACGAAUCCCGGCCUUGGAUAUUAUACUUAUUUUACUUCCAAUAUGAGUUGCAGUGCUAACUUUUGCUGUUAAAAUGAGCUUUUAUUUCUACUUCUCAACACAAGCCGUCGUUUUGUUUGAGCAUUCCCCGAAGCCCACACCAAACUCGAAUUUAUCAGCAGGUGCACAAUUUUUUAAAACAGGUGCUUUAUAUUACAAACCCAAUUGGGGAAACGUCCAUUCAAAUUAUAGCCUAAAAGACUAAUUUAAUUAUUGUCGUAUCACUGCAACACGUGACUUUAAUAGGCCUAGAGAGCAAUGUUUCAGUUGGAUUUAGGGGAAAACUUUUUCUGACAACUCGAAAUUGAUUUAAACUACCCAUGGCACAUAGGCCUAUCAUUGAUGGGGCAUCAAGUGUCCUAUGUAUGCACUGUGAAAUGUCUAAUAUAUUUUUCAGUCAUUCAUGCAGCUAAAAACCAAUCGGUUCAAUAUGUUUGUUUUUUUUGUGCUGCAUUUUCUCCUCUCUAUCUUCGAGGAAAGACACAUGCUGCCCUAUUUGUGGGAUAAAUUAACAACCACUAAAAAUCAUGAGCUGGUGAAUAUCUUCAUCCGUAACCACAAACUUUCAGUGACAAUUUCCCGAUUUAUCAUAGUCCUGGCCAAAAAAACACUUUCAUUGGGGAUUCUCAAUUAAACGGGCUUUUGAAAAAUACUGCUAGGCAGCUGUGUUUGGGAAAUCGACCCUUUAAGGGCAGGGGCUAAGGUUUUUAGGCUAUGCCGGCACAGAUAAAUAGCCUACAACAUAUUGUCAUAGACUGUUUUUUUGUUUUAAUUGUAUACAUUUUUUUUUACAUUUACGCUAUUUGUCUCCGAGAUAUGCAUUGUCUGUGAGCUGUUUUUUAAAAAAUAAGACAAAGGGGAUAUAGGCUUACACAAGCCUAAUAAUAGGCAGAUCCUAUCAAAAACAGCAAAUUCUCAAGUUUACCAUUUUAUAAAUUCCACACAGAAUCCAAAUUUUCCUUUGUGUUGACAGUCCCCAUGUGGUUUUGACAGCAUGCAAAAACUGUAUUGUAAGAGGUGUGGCCAAACGCAUUUCUACAGUGGCUCUCCAAACUAACUCAACAAAAACAGCGUAGCCAUCUUGAAGCCCCAGAGCACAGGACCCAGAUGCAAUCCACCCGGGAAUUUCUCUAAAUGUUUGGUUCAAAUCCUGUCGCUACCCAUAAUUUCAUCAUCGAAUAUAUAGCAUAGAGUAAUUGGCUAGAAUAUGAACGCAAAUACGCGUCAUACAACGUCUACUAUCGAGUUGAUUUUCUCCCCACUAGCUCUUGUUAUUCGUUGUUGUUUCAGCCCGUACAUCCUCGGUAAUGUCAGUCGGGAGCCAUUUGUCCCGCCCUUUAUCGUCUGCAAACGACCAAUCACCGCACUUCGGAAUCCCUGUGGGGUGACGUUGCAUGUAUUCUGCGCAUGCGCGCGUCACUUUCGGCGCUCCAUAGCUCGGAGCAGUGUGAAGAUGGCGGCAGGCUCCGAUCUGCUAGACGAGGUUUUCUUUAACACUGAGGUGGACGAGAAAGUAGUUAGUGAUCUUGUGGGGUCUCUUGAGUCCGAGCUUUCGGGUCACAGGAACCCUGAGGCAAGGAGCCAGACAGUCGCUAAACACAUGGCCAGUUCCGGGACAGGGGUUAAUGCUAAUGUCCAGCAGAACAAACGGCGACUUGCUCAAGAGGUUGCAAAAGCAGGGGCUGGAGUGCAAGGGGGUGUCAUUAUUAGUAAUACGAUGUCCCAGGGUUCAGCUAUGGAUGCCUCAUUGGCUGAGUCGGACUCAUCGGUAGGACACAGUCAAGGCAAGACGGUUGCUGUCAGUGACAGUAUAAUAACUCCUCUCCCAAAUCACGGGGGAAAAGUAGCCUCUUCCGCAGCUCAAACUUUGAAUGGAGGCAGUAUAAUGAACUGUUACAAUUCAGGAAGCGCUGUCUCUCUUACUGGGACACCGCUGUCAAGGAGUUGCACGAGUAGCAGCAAUGCCUCGGUAGCUGUCACAGUUGUCAACAACGGGCCGGGGUUGUCAAAAGGACAUGCGAGUGCAGUAAUGCCACCUUCAUUGAACAGCACUAUCAUCCAGACAUCAUUCGUGAACUCUCAGAAUGUUGUCACCUCGUCUCACACUGCGAGUCUGGGCACUGAACCUGCCAUAUCACAUAUUGUGAGGCCAUCUAUGCAAACUGAGGGAUCGGGUACAGCGUUGAAUGGUCCUAAUGCGGGAUUGCCUUUCAAUGUCAAUGUAGCGGGUCAGCCCACUACAACUGCACCGGGCAUGGCCAUACAAACUCCACCAUUGAACAAUGGUCAGUCGCCCACCUCUGUGGCUGUCAGUGCGUGGUCGCACAUCAUCAAGGCAGAGACGCCCAAAUCAAUCAUACAGACUGCUCCUGGUGCUGUAACGAACCCGUCGUUCCAGAGCGCACCGAGGACUUCCACUCCGGUGACAGUGGCUGCCAGCCCGGGAGGGAUCCGAGCUAUCGCGCAACAGGUGUUGGCCCCUCGGCACCCCCAGACAUCCCCGAACCAGCCCAACGUUCAGAACAUCCAGCUUCCCCCAGGUAUGGUCCUGGUGCGCAGUGAGAGUGGGCAGCUGUUGAUGAUCCACCAGCAGACCCUGGCUCAGAUGCAGUCCCAGUCCCAAUCCCAGGGAGUCAUGGCCCCCCGCCCAGCCACCCCCACCAGCACUCCUCCUUUUCAGAUCACCUCAGUCCAGGCUCCUGGAACGCCCAUCCUCACCAGGCAGGUGACUCCCACCACUAUCAUCAAGCAGGGCCCACCUGUGCCAACCUCUGCUCCUGUCACCACCACACUCCAGAGGCCUCCUGUCCUACAGAGUCCCAUGAUUGUGGGAGGGGCUGCUGCAGGCACUUCUAUGGGGACAGUGCUACCAGGGGCCACCCAGAGGACCGUCACCAUGUCACCUGGGACCACUGUCACCUUGGCAACGGAGACGAUGGAUAAUGUGAAGAAAUGCAAGAACUUCCUGUCUACGUUAAUCAAGCUGGCGUCCAGCGGGAAGCAGUCCUCAGAGACUGCCGCCAACGUUAAAGACCUGGUCAAAGAUCUCCUGGAAGGGAAGAUUGAAGUUGAGGACUUCACCAACAGGUUAUACAGGGAGCUCAACUCCUCACCUCAGCCUUACCUCGUGCCUUUCCUCAAGAGGAGCCUUCCUGCCCUGCGGCAGCUCACCCCAGACUCGGCAGCCUUCAUCCAGCACAGUGGGCUCCAGCAGCAGGCCUCUGCCACCACCCCCACCACGGUGGUACUGGGCAGCCCAGCCCUGCGCCCCGCAGCCCCACCCAUCAGACCACACCUCCAGCCUGUCAUCAGCAAACAGGGGCAGACUACCCCAAUGGUGCUCCAGCCUCAGCAGCAGGGGGCAAUGGUAAGGCCUCUUCGGGUGACCCCCAUGGUUACCCUCAGAGGUCAGCCCCCCCACAGUCAUAUCAUGCUGGGACAGCCACAGGUGCAGCUCAGACAGCUACAGACAGUCCCUGUGGUGAAGCCUGGAGUGUUGACUGGAUCUAAGUUGUCUCCUAGUGCUGCCUCUCUGGCCACUGCAGCUCAGACGAACAAGCUGAAGGAAGCUGGGGGCACGUUCAGGGAUGACGAUGACAUCAAUGAUGUGGCGUCUAUGGCUGGGGUUAACCUGUCUGAGGAGAGUGCCCGUAUCCUGGCAACCAACUCCGAGCUGGUGGGAGCAGUGACACGGUCCUGUAAGGAUGAGGCCUUCCUCCAUACCUCCACACUGACCAGAAGAAUACUGGAAAUAGGUAAGAAGUUUGGUGUGAGUGAUCUGGGGCCGGAGGUAGUGAACUACGUGUCCCACGCCUCCCAGACCAGGUUACAGAACCUGUUGGAGAAAGUCUCUGAGGUGGCCCAGCUGAGGAACAUCAACUUCAAGGAGGACAGUCGGUACGAGCAGACGAGCGACAUGCGUGCCCAGCUCAAGUUCUUUGAGCAGCUGGAUCAGAUGGAGAAACAGAGGAAAGAGGAGCAGGAGAGAGAGAUUCUGAUGAAGGCAGCAAAGUCUCGUUCUCGUCAAGAAGACCCUGAGCAGCUGCGGUUGAAGCAGAAGGCCAAAGAGAUGCAGCAGCAGGAGCUGUUUCAGUUGAGACAGAAGGAAGCUAACCUGACGGCGCUGGCGGCCAUCGGCCCCAGGAAGAAGAGGAAAAUGGAGGCUGCAGCCGCUGCAGCUGGAGCUGAGGGCUCAGGGUCCAGUCCCGCUCCGUCUGGUAGUGGCAGUUCAGGAGCGUCCAGACAGUUUAUCCGCCAGCGCAUCACGCGUGUCAACCUCAGGGACCUGCUCUUCUGUCUGGAGAAUGAGAGAGACACCAGUCACUCCCAUCUCCUUUACAAAGGCUUCCUCAAAUAGACACCCAUAGAGACAGACCAGAGAGCUGUCACUCUAACCUCCACUACAGCAACUCCCUCAAAUAGGGCUGUACCCUAGAAUUGCAUAAAGAGGACAGUAAUACAACGAUGUCAAGAUUCUCCAGGCCACAGUGAAUGGCGCUAACUAAAGUGACUGGAACGUUUGUCUCCCUUGUAUACUCUGGUUCUCCUAUCGCUCUUCAUCUGGUUCUAGGCCCGACCGCUCCCUCUACACUCCUCCACCUUCCAUCAGAGCAAUCCUGGAACUCUCACAUUUUCUACUGUUUUAUUUUGUUUUUAUUGACUUUGUUUUAGAAUCCCCUUUUAAUGAAACUGUAAAUAAAUAAAUACACAUUAUUAUACAUUUUACUUGGAAGGCCGUUUUGUAGUGUGCAAAUGAACGAUUCUACAAAAUAGUCAAUUCAUUUUGUAAUUCUGUUUAUAUGAAACAAAUAUUUUAAAUAAUUAAUCAGCAGUGUUUCUAGCGAUUGUUAAGAACAUUAUCCUUAUUUUGUUAUAGGUAUUCUAUCGGCCUCUGAAUUAGUUUGAACACUUCUGAUUUCUUCUUGCCUUCCUAGCAAAGCAAUUCAUCUAGUGAUUCCUUCUGAAAUCUGAAGCAGUCGAUUUGUCUCUUUAGUUUGUCUAUGUUUGAGCUUAUCUUGAAUUCAAUGUCUUGUAUUUAUAUUUUGUAAUCAGAUCAAACACGUUUUUGUUUUCAGUCUCCGUUUGUGUUUUUGAGAUCACAUCUCUCCUGUGUUCUGCAUGGGUUAACGUGUGAAAAUCUGUAUUUUAGAGUAUAGUCUCUACAAUUGUGGUCUAAUGAUUUAAUCCUUUUUUAAUUGAAUUUUUUUGGUAAUUUAGGUAUUUGCAAUGAUUAAUUAUUGGAUUUCUACAAUAGUAAAAACUAUUUUAAAAUAUACAAACUCAAAGAACCCUUUGUCACCACAAAACAACUGUGCACAUGCAUGUAGGAAAGUUUCAUUGGUUUUUCAUUGGACUGCAUGUAUUCUUCUACCAUUUCUCAAAUAACUUAAUUAUUAUAAAUCAUUGCAUUAUUUUCUAGUCUAGCCCUAGACUUGAUGAUAUUCUGAGGUAUGAAUGUUGAUGUUAUGAUUUUUAAAGCUGUCCUAUCUGUUCAAUAAUCUGUGCUUCUGUUCUGAUGCCCCAUUGCACAGCCCUGGCUAGAGCGCUGUGGUAUAUUUUCCUGAUCACUUCGAUUUUAGAUGCAGAGUUUUCGGUACCUGUUACUUUCCAUAUUUGUCUCUUACAGAGAAAUCAAAGUAAUGGGGAUGUCAGAAGCAUUGCAUGUCUCCCUUAUUUCUUGUACAUUUUGCACAGACACUUGUUCAUAUGUAAAUAUUUUACCUAAAGUUUUUUUAACUGCAUUGGUUUUGUAUAGGAUUGAAAGAGAAUAAACUCCUUCAAUAAAAGUGAAAGUCCUGUUUUGCCAUCA